CGCUGCAGACCUCGUUGCAAUGCUCCACAGUAGAAUGUGGCCGGCACACCCGACUGCCUUGGUGGAGAGACCACCGCUCGUGCGAUCCAGAUGUUCCCAAGGCUGUUCAGGUUGCGGGACUCGGGACCUUUGCUGUUCUCCAAGAGCAAUUCCACGUCAAGCAAAAGCGGCUCCUGAUUCGCAAACCGUUCUUCCAGCUGGACAUUGAUGAGGCGUGGCUGGAGGACAUGUACUGUCCCCCUGAGAUCCUCCCUGAUGACGUCAAGGUCGAGCAGCUGAACUACCUGCAGCUAGCGCAAGCCACCUCCUUCCCACUGUACAUGGUGCAGGAGUGUGUGCAAGAGACCAUCGUCUUGUACUGUUGCCUCCUGAAGAACAAGGAGCACGUCCCCUUUGCCUUCAGGGACAUCGGUGUUUUGACCUGCGAAGAUGAUUUCCUGUGCAUGAAGUUUUAUCCGGACUGUGUUAAACGUCUGGAGAGCGCUGAGGACCUCAUUGCAAUGCUCCACAGUAGAAUGUGGCCAGCACACCCGACUGCCUUGAGUGGAGAGACCACCGCUCGUGCGAUCCAGAUGUUCCCAAGGUUUCAUCUGACUGUGAGGACAAGGCCAGAGGCCAAAGUGCGGUUCACCUCGCAGCAGCAAGCUGCAGGAGAGUGCAGGAUGAGAGGAGUUUCAUUGUGCCAUCCUGGCAAGCUGCUGGAGAGGCGGAAGCUUUCCCUCCCCACGGUGAGAAGCUGGGAGCCAGGCACGAGGCAGCAAGAUCUGGAGAAGAAGCCUUCCACCAGUGUGCUCCCCCCGUGUCCAGGCAGCUCCCCCAGGACAAAGAAGACAGACAGGCAGGAAGCAGCUCCUCAAGCCAAGUCCACCAGCACUGCGCUCCCUACUCCCGAAGCCUCUCGGAGAUUGGUGCAGGAGGUCUGGAACCUGUCCUCGCAGUGGGACCAAACAAAGAGCUCAUGGCCCUUGUACCAAAAGCGAAUACAGCAAGCCCGGGCAGAAAUGGCUGCUUGGGGAGCCUGGUCUCAGGGGGAGGACCGAGAGACACCUCAGGUCACCAGGCAACAUGAUUGGAUUCCCCAUCCCCCAGCCCAGCCCAGGAGCAAGGAGGUCGUGAGGAGGUGGAGGAAGGUUCAGAUCCCUGCCGCAGAAGAGGAGUGGAGAGCGGCAGCCAAGCUGGAGAGCCUCCAGCCUGACCACCUUUCCCCACGAGCACUGCAAGUUUUGAAAAGGUCGGAGCCGCAUCGCAGUCAACAAAGGGUGUUCAGAAGUGCUGCGGAGGAAAAGCGGCUGCGGCAAGAGCAGCAGCGGCUCCCCUGCGCUAGAUGCUGGUACCGCAACGGAGGGGAAGGUGCUGGGAAUGCUGAAGGCAGCAGCGGAGCUCUGAGCAAAGGGGCUGGGAAGCUCUCCCGCUUUCCACCCCUGAAUGGAAAAUAAAGAGCACAGCCAGACU